AUGACGGCCAGAAGAAAGAAACAAUCUGAACCAACUUUAACAUCAUUGCAUCUUCCAAUUGAUCUGGUGGAAGAAAUACUGUGUAGAAUCUCCGUGAAACACCUCAUUCGACUCUGUUGCGUAUGCAAGUCAUGGAAUUCUCUUAUCUUCAGAGAUUCCGAGUUAGCCAAAAAGCACCUUCGCAAGUCAAUGUCAACCUCCAGCCACGACCGCCACCACCUCAUCCUAACCCCUAAUUCUCCUUCACCUGACUUUCUUCUUUUUCAUUCCCCAAUCUCCUCUAUCUUUACCUCUGCUACUACUACUGUCAAACACUUCCACUACUCUAUUACAGAAACUCUUAACCAAGGAAGAUAUGGUAAUAGAGUCUCCACUUGUGACGGCAUUGUAUGUUUUAAGAUGGAUAAUUCUUCGGUUGUGUUGUGUAACCCUUUCAUUCGAAAAUUCAAAAUAUUGCCUCCUUUAAAAUAUCCAGACCAAAGUUAUUUUGAAAUAUAUUAUACUUUGGUGCAUGAUUGUUUCAUUAAUAAUUAUAAGAUUAUUGCUGUUAAUUCGACACGUAAUAGCAAAAUAAAAGUCAACGUUCAUAUUUUGGGUACAAAUUAUUGGCGAAGGAUUCAGGACUUCCCAGGUACUGACCUCAUUCUCGUGUCUAGAUUGGGAACAUUUGUUAAUCACUCUCUUAAUUGGUUGGUAUAUACUGCUGCACCGUUCAUUGUUUCUCUUGAUUUAGAAAAAGAGUCUUAUCAAAAGCUUGCACUGCCGGUCUUUGAUGAUUUUACCUCUUUUUUUACCAUAGGGACAUUGAGGGAUUGUUUGUCUCUCCUUUUUUACAGGUGGGUCGAGUUUUGUGAUGUUUGGAUUAUGAAAGAAUAUGGUAAUGAAAAGUCUUGGACUAAAUUUUUAACUGUUCCUCACAUGAAUGAAUGUCAUUUUUAUGGCUAUACCAAAGCAUUAUAUAUUUCAGAGGAUGACAAAGUGCUGAUGGAGUGUACGAAGAUGGGAAUAAAUAGUUUGGUUGUUUAUGAUUCCAUAAAUAAUAAUUUCAAGAUUCCUAAAUUUCAAUACGACAACGAGGGUGACAUGACAUCAGAAGUAUAUGUUGAGAGUUUGGUAUCACCUUGUUAG